ACACAGCGCAGUGUUUCAUGCGCACCGGGCUCGAAAAUACAGCCGAGGAACAGAAACACAGACACCAACAUCUGGACACACACCAUGAAAGCGCGUCGGAACAUCUGAGGACACAUCAGUCUGUGUGUGUGUGUGUGUGAGAGAGAGAGAGGUUUUUGUUUGUGCAUGACUGGAUUUACUCAUUCAAUGCUGCUGUAUGAAAGGAAGCGCUCCAACUAAAGAUCAACUUCUCUAAACACUCAUAUAAUAAGCAGGUUGCAGAAGUAAGAAUGGAGUUCCCGGACCAUAGCCGGCAGUUACUGCAGUGCCUGAGUCAGCAGAGGCAUCAAGGUUUCCUCUGUGACUGCACCGUCCUCGUCGGAGAGACUCGAUUCAGAGCACACCGGGCCGUUCUGGCCUCCUGCAGUAUGUACUUCCACCUCUUCUACAGGGAUCAGCUGGACAAAAGGGACGUUGUGCAUCUGAACAGCGACAUUGUGACAGCCCCAGCUUUCGGCUUGCUUCUUGAAUUUAUGUAUGAGGGCAAACUGGAAUUCAGCAUGCUGCCCAUUGAGGACGUCUUGGCCGCUGCCAGCUACCUGCACAUGUACGACAUCGUGAAAGUGUGCAAAGGAAAGUUAAAGGACAAAGACAUGAGCUUCCUGGAAGAGAAGAUUGGAGAUGGGAUGGUCACGAGCGGUUUGGAUAAGGAAAAUUGUGCUGAAGCACGCUGGCACGCGCCGCAGGACCCCCAGAGAGCUGCCACAGCAGACAACCGUGACAUGGACAACGGUGAAGCGAGCCCUGCUGUCACAGAUUGUGAUAGGCCCGUGCAGAAGGCGAACGGUCACCCUGGCGGGUCCCCGGACCUUGUAGGUGUCAAUUAUGUGUCAGCAGAGGGCGACCCUUGUGUCCAAACAGCUGGAAAAACAAAAGCUGAUGUCAGGAGUUCAGCCAUCGGCUUGUCCCAGAGGUCCCGGGCGGCGGAUGACAUGGACUGCGCUCUGGAUUUGUCUUUCAAGCCUCUAUCGAGCCGAGACAGCUUCCACCCCUCCUUCAUCUCGGGACAGCUGGCCCUCGACAGCCAGCAGCAGGCCACAGAGCCACUUGUUAAAGACGAACACGACUUCCUGUCAGAGCAGGAGGACGGCGAGCCCGUGAGCCCCGUGAGCCGGCGCUAUGGGAAUAGCGCCAGGAACUCAGUGGUGACAGGGUUCGCUGACCUCUUCCCCGGUAACAACGGCCCGACCGCGGACGACGACCUGAUGGAGGGGGAGGGCCGGCACGAGGAGGGGCCGGGGGGAGGCCGGUUGCUUGGAGACAGCGAGGGGGAAGACGAAGACGAUCUGGCGUCUUCGGACAUCUCAACGUCCAGUGGCGUUCUGUUAUCCGGCGGCCAGCAAGUGUGCGUGUGUCCGCUCUGCAGCAAAGUUUUCCCAAGUCCGCACGUGUUGCAGUUGCACCUCAGCUCGCACUUCCGUGAGAAAGACGGGGUGCGUUCCAAACUCUCGCCCGACGGAUCCGUGCCGACGUGCUCGCAGUGCGGUAAGACAUUCUCCUGCAUGUACACACUCAAGCGGCACGAGCGAACGCACUCUGGCGAGAAGCCCUACACGUGCGGCCAAUGCGGAAAGAGCUUCCAGUACUCACACAACUUGAGUCGGCACGCUGUCGUGCACACGCGUGAGAAACCGCACGCGUGCAAGUGGUGCGAACGACGUUUCACGCAGUCUGGGGAUCUGUACCGCCACAUCCGGAAGUUUCACUGCGGCCUCGUAAAAACCCUCACUAUUGGAUAGUGUCACUCAAACACUGUGGCUUCUUUAAACUCGUUGCAAUGAAGUAUUUCAUCAUAUCACAUCCUUUGAUAUAAAAACAACAAACUUACUAAAAUAAUAUAUUGUUACCAGUAAUAAUGAUCCAGUAUUUAGUGUUUGGCAUACACAGAUUUCUGAAAUUUGUUGAGUAGAUGUUGACAUCACAGGAAGGCUGCAAUGAAAGUAGUUCCCCAACAAACCGUCUAGAAGAUUUGAUUAUCAACUAUAAUGUAAAAAUUAUUCAAAUUUGACCACCUUCACAGAGAAGCUUGAAGUCUUUCUGUAUGUCCUUAAUUUAACUGUUCUUGAAGUAAACAAAGGCAUAUUUUAUUUAUGAUUUUAGAGGAAUCUGAUGGUGUGAUUUUUGUUUUUUAUGUGGAUCUACUGAAGGGUUUUGUCACUGAAAUGUAUCAGUUGUGCACUUGGCAUCGUUAUAAAUGACAUUGCCUGUAAAAGCUACAGUCUGAUGUGUCAGUUGUAAUUAAGUUUCCUUUAAUAAUAACUUAAAGACAAAUGAAGGACUAGUUAACACUGAUUCUGCUACUGGUUGUACUGUUUUCACUGGAAUACGUCUCUGUUGUUUCUCUUUCUUUCUGUAAACUGUGAAUAUGGUUGAAUGGGUUGACUGCAUUUCAGGGAAACUUUAACAUCAGAAUGGUUUGAACCUCUGAGACUGUUUUGAAAAUGUUUCCUUUUAUUUCAUGUUUUCAGUCGAUUCUAGAUGAAGAAAUGUUUAAGCUUGUAUAGUAACGGUCACUAGCACUAAAAAAAAAAUCCAUGUUAUGCUAUAUGUUUAUCAGUCCUGAGAAAACUUGAUUAGAGUUAUUUAUUAGUUAGUUCUUUUUGGUUCAGGGUUUACUGUAGAAUUGACAUAUAAAGUAUAGAAAAUACCGUGCUGGCAAUUGUUGCACAAAUAUUGGGAUAAUUGAUCAGUUGCUGUAUGUGGUGACCUGGAUUCAUUGUAUCUCGUGUAGAUAAGCCAUCGUAAAUGAAGUUUGACUUCACUGAUGCUAACGAGCACUUCCUUUGAACGUAGUUUCUAGAGACAACACUGAUAUACUGUAGGCUGCUAUUUCUAACUGGAUAUUUAUUUAAAAAAAAAAGUACUUUAUUUAUAAGAUUAUUGUCACAUUUUCAUUUGGAAUAAAGCACGACUGAGAUCUCUUGUAAAAGCUGCAAUUCUUCAUGUUAACUGGAGAGUCUGAGUCUUCCAAUUGUAGCCGAAAUUACAACGUUUGUCAUUUUUUAACGAGAUCAACUAACAAUGCUGUUACAGCAGGAGUCAAGAGAUACUGUAACUGUAAAUGUUGGCUUAUGAGCAUAAACAUCUGAAAGACACAGUGACUUAUUGUCCGAGCUAUUUCUUCAGGAACCGUCCUAAAAUGCUGAUGUGCACUCAGUGAUUUUAAGAUUUAUGCAUUACAAUUUCAAAACAAAAUUCCAUCUAAUUGAAUUGUCAUCUUUAAUAAAGUUUUUAAAGUAGUAUUAAUUUAAUUUUGUUAAACAUAACACAAUUCAAUUUGAUGGAUUUGUUUUAUUUUUGUUGUUUUUGUAUUUUUGUUAUGACAUUUAAAUGCAUAAAUCUUAAAAAUAAGCAUAUAUAUAUAUAUAUAUAUAAUUUUUUUUAAAAUUAUUAUUAUAAUUUUUUUGGGGGAGUGUGGGCACGUAAAACCAUGUAUGCAUCAACAGGUGCAUUGAUUAUCUGUGUUCAAUGAUGCAAUUUUGUUUGUUCACUGCACUGGACUGCAUGCUCACACCAUGAACAAUGAUUUUGUUGCACAUUUGUUGGACAAAACAAGAUUUCAUGAGCCGGUAAUUUAGAAGAUAUUAUUAUUGCAAAUGCAUUUCUCUGUUUUUGAGAGAACACGCUGAAAUGUAGGGAGUUUCUCUCUUAUUUUAUUGACAUAUUUACAUACUCGAUACAGUAUGUACAGUGAUGACACAUGCUGUCGGUCACCCGCGCAAUAAUUGCACCUGCCGCAAUGAUAUUUACUCAUGGUGGGUCUUUUCAUUCUUAAGCUGUCAACAUCCGCAAAAGCCAAUAUAUUAAUGCAAUAAUGAAAAUGUAGAUACUUCAGAUUACUUGGACUCUUAGAUUAUGAGGUACAGGAUGCGUCAUGCUUCUUUGCUGUGAGAUUUUCAGUACUAAUUUUUGGAAUUGUGCUGCCGACAUUGACAAUGAAACCUUCAUUUGUAUUUCUCAAUUCAGUCUGCGAAAUGACAACUGUAUGUGAAACCUGGAUAAAUGUCUUCUAAAGGUUCAAACUGUGAAAUUGUAUAAUCAGAAGUAAUAUUUAUUGAUUUGUUUCUGUGCAAAAUGUUACUGUACUAUAUCAGAAUUUUGACUAAGUUGAGAACUUUUUACUAGACUUUGUAGAAGUGCCAUUAUAUGUAAUAUAAGUUUUUGAUAUAAAACAAACACAUUUUAUAGGAAACAAAUGAUACAUUGUUAGUGAAUGUAGAUGACAAUCUGAUUUGAACUUGCUUCUUUGAUAAUUUAUUUAGUUUGUUUGUGUAUUUGUUUGCUUUCUUUGGGCACAUUUGACGUUUGUGCCCAUUUGUGUGUGUGCUGUGAAAAUGUGACAAUCUUUUAUCUUUAUUUCAAUUAAGCAUAGAUUAAACACAACCUUUUC